AUGACUAUCGUUCUAACGCCCUACUGGUCCAAUGGUGUCCAGAAGCUAAAGGCGAUGUUGCAGCCCCCUUCUAAGCCACCAAAGGGUCUUGCUCCUCCCGUCCUUGAUGAUGAAACACACUACAAGAGAUCUCUGGCCCAGCUUCGUUCGAAGGACAAGGCUCUUGAAAAGUACAUCUACCUUAACCAGCUGAAGAAUCACGACCACCAUAUGUUCUACAGGAUUUGGUUGAACAACUUGUCUGAAAUAACACCCCUAAUCUAUACACCUACCGUUGGAGAUGCCUGUAUUCAGUAUUCCCACAUAUACCGGAAGCCAGAGGGUCUGUAUCUAUCCUACAAAGACAAGGGUCACCUUGGACAAAUUAUCCGCAACUGGCCACUUAUUGACGAUGCUCGUAUAUCUGUGGUUACGGACGGCUCUCGCAUCUUGGGUCUUGGUGACCUUGGUAUCAAUGGCAUGCCAAUUGCUAUCGGAAAACUCUCUUUAUAUGUCGCUGGCGCCGGUAUUCGACCAUCCUCCACCCUUCCCAUCGUGCUGGAUCUGGGCACAAACAAUCAGGCAUUCCUGGAUGACCCUCUCUAUCUGGGUCUGCGUCAGAAACGUGUCUCCGAUGAGGAGAUGAACGAGUUCAUGGAUGAAUUCAUGCAUGAGAUGCACCGAAUCUUCCCCAAACUCCUCAUUCAAUUCGAGGAUUUCUCCACCGACCACGCCUUCUCAUAUUUGGAGCGCUUCCGCCACAGAUACCCCGUCUUCAACGACGACAUUCAAGGCACGGGUGCAGUCGUCCUGUCAGGCUUUCUCAAUGCCGCGAAGCUCUCAUCUGCCGCGUCUGGGCAGCCGUUAUCGUCCCAUCGUAUCCUGUUCUUGGGCGCCGGCUCUGCGGGCGUAGGUGUCGCCAUGCAACUCAUGAGCUUCUUCAAGCUGCAGGGCCUGUCCGAGGAAGAGGCGCGGAGCCGGAUCUCCCUCGUCGACUCCCAGGGCCUGAUCUUCGACACGCGCGGACCGAUGGCUGAGCACAAGAAAUAUUUCUCUCGCCGGGAUUAUGCCGGACCUCCCCUGACCAAUCUCGUCGAAAUCAUCGAGCACGUGAAGCCGACGGCGCUACUCGGACUUUCCACGAUCAAGGGAGCCUUCAAUCAGGAAGUGGUGGAAGCUAUGGCGAGGCUAAAUCCCCGACCGAUUAUUUUCCCCCUGUCCAAUCCCGUGCGUCUGUCAGAGUGUGAAUUCCACGAAGCGGUAACGUGGACGCAAGGGAAAGUCAUCUUUGCUUCUGGGUCGCCCUUCCCUAUUCAGGAGUAUGAGGGUCGGAAGCUGUACCCAGGGCAGGGCAAUAACAUGUACAUCUUUCCUGGUUUGGGCUUAGGCGCCAUUCUCUCAAAAGCAUCCAAGGUUACGGAUACUAUGGUCGAAGCUUCAUCUCUGGGACUCGCAGAUUCUCUUACGCCUGAGGAACGCGAAUUGGACAUGAUCUACCCCCGCGUUGAGCGUAUCAGGGAAAUCAGUAACCAGAUUGCCUGCGCGGUUAUCCGGGCAGCUCAGAAAGCGGGUGUCGAUCAAAAUCGUGAUCUUCGCAGAAUGGACGAUGCCCAGCUCCGCGACUUCGUCAAGAGCAGGAUGUGGAAUCCUUGA